UCGUUUCGGUCGAUUUUAGUCGAAAUUUGAACACCCCAAAUUACAAUACACGUACAUGUUUGUUGUGUGUUUCAAAAUUUUCAAAUUCCACUGUCCCUCUUCUCCACUCUCUCUCUCCUAGGAAGAACGGUUCAGUAUGACAUUGCAAUCUCCGGCGGCUCCAUACUCAAACCCGAAUUCCUCCGUGAAAUCCUCCACGACGAUGGAGCCCGGCUUGUCUGAAACACGCGACACCUCCUUCUACUUCCCCGGGUGCAAGAAAGACGCCCACUGCAAGUGCGAGAUCUGCAUCGCCAGCAUGAACGCUACUCUCGAUCUCAUGCCUCAGAGCAUCCACAGGAGCUCGCUCACUAAACUCUCCGUCUCGAGGCCCGCUGUCCGGAGAAGCCCUGUAUCCUACCCCUCGCCGUCGAUGGAACCCUCGACGCCUGAGUCGGGCCGGAUUAGGCCCGAUGACUCAAGCCCACCUUCAAUGUCGACCGAGAGCAUGGGUUUGGGGGAGAAGGUGGGGAGGAAGGAGAAGAGGAAAAUGGGGUAUGCGGUUUUCGUGUUGAGGCUUGUUCUGGCCUUGAUUAUCGUGAGCGGUGUGGAUUUCGGGUUUUCUUUGAUGGUUUCUAGGGCUUUGAGGGCCCGGUUGUCUCCGGAUUUGGUGAUGGCUUUGGGUAAGAUUUCGAGAGAUGUUGAGGGGAUUAAUGGGAGGUUUGCGUUCUUGAAGAAUGAGUUGGAAGGGUAUUUGGAGGAAAAGGUUUCGAGCUGUAGCUCUGUUGAUUCUGUGUGGAAAAUCAGUCAGGAUGGUUUAUUGCUUGAGUCUCGUUGUGUUAUGUACAAAUCGUUAUCAGAGGAGGUAAGCAUAUGGGGAUGGCCAUUGCAGACAGCUGGAUUGCUCACUGCACAACAUUCUGACCGCUCGUUCAGUAUUUUAUCGGGAAGAGUUACUGAGUGGAACAAUUCGGAAACCUAUUUCGUUUGUACAAAUAGUUCAUGGACGCGAGAAAAAUGGAGUUCUUCCAUCGUGCAGCUUGAUCCCAACACGUGGAUUCUAGAAUACAGGCGAAGCUUUUUUCUGGAAAAUUCUAGAAUUAUUCCCACAGCUAUAAACUUUUUGAAGCUUGGGCUAAUGAGGAAGUUUGAAAAGCUGAAGCAAGAAUUUUGGCUGCCAUUGGCAUUUACAAGCCCGUACUUGGAUUCCACGCGAGGGAGGAUCCUUGUCCCUACUUAAGGUUAAUCAGCAGGACUGAGAGGUGAGGCAAAUCAGGUGGUUAUUAGAAGAAUCUGCGAAGGAAUGGUGUGUAAAGUUGCAAGUUCAGAGAUGGCAGCCUGCCUCAAUAGAAGAACUCAUCUGGAGGAUUGUGUUGUAGUAAAGGAUAUUAGAGAUCUUUCUCUUUUGUUGGAUCCUUGUGUUUUUGUUUGUUGCUCUUAGUUUUAGUUUUCCUGUGAGUGUGGCCAUUUAGGCCUUUGGCAGGGGAUGAUUGUGUUCAUGUCUGCAAAUUUAGGAGAGAGUAAUGUAGCUGUAAACAACAAAUAUGGCAGGAAUUUGCAAAUUUGGUACAAUAAAAUUAGUAGAAUUGCAAUUUAUGUUCAAAGUAUGCAAAAGUUGUCCCUACAUAUUUCUGUCAGCGGACGAUUAGUCUCGUGUUGCAAAUAUGAUCUCGUGCCUGCAAGAUUGUUAAUGGAUCAACUAAUAGUGUGAUCGAUUUUACAUUACAGUCAAUCUUAUGAGAG